GCAUAUCUUGUUAACUCCUUUUACAAGGCCAAUCAGAACUCUGAAACCGCACAACUUUUCGUCAACUUUCUGGAGAUUCUUAUCGAUUCGCAUUUGCCGGGUGAUGACCUUCGAUCAACUUUCACUCCACCAGUUCUUGGUCUGAGUGGUGGAUCUUGCAGUCGAGGCUGUGUUAUUGAUCAUGGGGCUAUUGCUAGACCAACUGUAAGGCUCAUCACAUCACCCUGUCAUCCAAGGGAGCCUGGAGUAGACGGUAUUGGUGGGGCUCCCAACAAAGUGAUUGCUGGAGGCGUUGAGAGCAUCUCUUUGAGUAACCCUUCUGAAACCUCGGAAACCAGAUUAUUAUUCCUUCCUGGGAAAAUCAACAGUGCAGCCACUGAUAACGCUCGCACACUCGAUUCCAUGGCUUCAGAAACUUUGCCCAUGGCUGCUGCCGAUACCCACUCUACAUCUAAUGGCGUCAGCAACUCCUAUCUGGGAGUCAGCCAGGCUACCGUUCAAGCAACUGCAUCUUUAGUGGAUCUUGGCCAGCAGGGCGGCCAUGGUUGCAGUGAUAUCGAAGAGGAUGGAUUACGAAUUGCGCUAGUCAGCCCCGACAACGGGGAAAUGUCUGCCAGGGACAAACAUGCGUCGGGAAGUUGCAAAAAUGUGGAACACCCUGAUUGGCGAAUCAGCUGUUUUCAUAACACUUCCCUCGUUCCUAUUGUUUCUGUCGAUACAGUAGGAUACCAGAUUGGCGCUUCUGAAAGCGUUCGAAAUUGUAAGAUUUCCGUGUCCUGGCUACCUGAAUACACAGGGCUCCAUGUUUGCGAUUAUUUUAGCUUGCUUUUUAGUGAUUAUGAAGAUUGA